CAAACUAAGCUCUAUGAUCUCAAAUUUACCUAGCUUAUCUCCACCCUCCAUAUCCACCAAAGCACGUCAACUCAAGAAAGCCCUUACCACCCACCUCAACUCCGGCCAUUUCGGCUAUUUCCGACUCCUAAUCUCAUCAACCAACCAAAAAAUCCUCACCCACUACCCCUUCUUCCACCAAGAAAUCCUCUCCAAAACCUACACCUCCCCUCUAUCCCCCCUCAAAACCCUCCAGUCCCUCUAUCCCUCCCUUCUCUCCACCCCAAAAUCCCCUUCAGCCCCCACCUCCCAGAACCCCUUCACUGGCUUAAUCCCUUCCUUCACCCAACCCCAUACAGAAUAUGUUAGAAUAGUCUAAAGAGGUAGGAACUGAGUGAAGAAGUACGGUUCUUAAAUUAUUAUAUU